CAUAGAUAGUUUAUGCCAAUUCCUACAAAUAAGAGAAUCACGUCUAAGAGAAAGAAAAUCAAGAAGGUCGCGAGAAGAUUACAGGCCCCGAGAAACACAAGAUUACAGAGGUAGAAAUCAAAAUAGCAGGGACUAUACAAGACGAGAUUUUAAUCCCAGAAGGGAAAACGAAAAUAGAGACAACGGAAGAGGAAAUUAUGAACAAAGAAAUAGGCAAUGGAAUGAGGACAGAAAUCGAGAAUACCAGAAUAGAAACACCACACGCUCAAAUCAAGAAAACAGAAAUAAUGGUAGACAAAAUGAACAGGGAUAUCGAGAAAACCGAAACAGAUCCGACAGACCAAGAGAAAAUAGAAGAGAAGUAAAUAAUACCCAGACAGAUGAAUAUGACGGAGAGAGACAUUAUGACGAAAAUAUAAACAACGAUGAGCAACCGGCGUCUUUUCACGACGGCGCUCACUAAAAACCAAAAAUCAAACAGGAAUCUUUUGUCACCCCAAGGAGUUUAUUAAAUUGGCAGGAAACAACGAAAAGAAAAAUGGAGUUAAUUUAAAAUUUGUGGAUGGAUUUAUCAACGAGAAACCAAUUAAAAUUAUGAUAGACACUGGAUCUGAAAUAACAUUGGUCAACAGAAAACUAAUAGAAGAAGUUAACUUAACAAAUUUAAUUUAUAAAAUACCUAGGGUAAAUUUAGUGGGCGCAAACAAACGGACAUUGGCAACUAUAAAUGAAGGCAUACGAGUAAUGGUACGACUGGGUAAGAAGAUGUAUGCACUACAAUGUGUAAUAAUGCCAAACAUGUCACAUGACAUGAUAGUAGGAGUUGACGAAUUGGCAGAAAAACAUGUAGUGAUAGAUUUUAAAAAUAAUACGAUGAAUCUAACAGAAGAAAAAGAAGAAGAACAGGACAAGGAACAGGAGAAACAAAAUACGGACGAAUCAGGUAAAGACCAAACAGUGGAAAUGAAUUUGGCAACGAAGCAAGGACAAAGAAGAAAAGGGAGAAAAAGUCAGAAAAAGACAAAAGAAAAUGAAACCUGUGGCUCCUCAAAAGAAGAGUUGAGCCCAGAAGAAGAAAAAUUGAGAGUAUCAAAAGCAAAAGAAAACUGGGAUUCCUCAAAAGAAGAGAUGAGCUCAGGAGAAGGAGAAAUAAAGCUAACAAAUGAAAGCGAAAAAGAUAUAAUCGAAACAGUGGCAUUUGAAGAGGAGGCAUAUGAAAACGAGGAUGCAGAAUGCACGGUAAAAGUAUGUGAAAAAUCUGAGGAAAAAGACAGAAGAUUGAUAUGGGAAAAAGGGAAAGACAACAUAAUAGCCGACACUCUAACACAGGAUGAGGACACUGAAAAUAAGGAAACAAUUACUCUACAGGUGGGACUAAUUAGAGUAAUACAAGAAGAAGGGGUAUAAGAGGUAGAUUAAAGUAAGGAAAUAUACAGGGAGUUGGUUUUGCCUCGAGAAAAUUUAUUUAAAAAUGCAGAUAAAUUUUAUCGAAUACAAGGCGGGGAUUUGUUAUAUUUCUAUGUGAUAUGAAAAUUAAAAUUUGAUAAUUAUAAACAGAAUUCAAUUUAAUAUAAAAUAUUUUCAAUUUUCUCAACCACGGGCAUAUAAAUUUAGAACAACCUGUAUACAACAAAUUGUUAUAUUUAAUUUUAAGAAGUGAUUAAAUAAGACUCAAGUGAAAUCGUUAAAAGGUCAUUAAAAUUUGUAUAUAGUAGAAAGUAAUUUUAGAAUGGGAAUUAACUAUUUUCUUUGAAAUCCAUUAAGCAUAUUUAGAAAGUUUAAAAAUUGGUUUUGAGGAAUACUGCGAAUGAGAGUUGGUGGUGGAAUUUUGGUUUGUGAAUCUGGAAGGGAUAUUUAGAAAGUAGGGGAAUGAAUGACAAAUAGAGAUCAGAAUGUUUUGAGCUGUCGAGAAGUGAAGUCGAGUAGUAGACGGUAGUGUACGGAGAGUGAGAAAGCCUGUGUAGUUCCGUGAGUGUGGAGUAUCUAUCGUAGAACGAGAGGUAGGCCAGGUUGAGAGUAAAAGAACCUCCUUGAGCCAAGAGUUCCCGGUAGCUGAUUGCAGUUUCGAAAAAGGUAGAAGACAGCAUCACGACAGAAGCAGGAAACGAGAGCUAUACGAGCUAGUUUCAGAGGAGAACAUUACUGGAAGCCAGGACGAGGUUUUGAUUGCAGCCAAGGAUAGCAGGAAACGGGUCUUGUGUGAAGACAUUCUCAGUGCACCAGAAAAAGGUCAGUCUCAUUUGUUUGGACAUGAAUGUAUGGGUUUUUCGUAGUAAAUACCACAUUUAAAAUUGAAAAAACAUAAUCAAUAAUAUCAGAAAAGCUUCAUCAAACUUAAAUAGAAUUGUUGCUGAUAAAUCAUAAUAGUUAAAUGUUAAUAAAAACUUUCAAUUGGAAAUCAAAAGGAAAUAAGAUUCCCAUGUAUAAAUGUUAUGUUUAAGAAUAAUAAGAUAUAGCAAAUAUUAAGCAGUGAUUGCCAUUUAAAUAAAAUAAACAAUAUUUUGAUUACAAUUGUAACCCAUAUGUGUUAUUAUUUUACUCUUUUCUUUCCUAUCCCGAUUAGGUACCAUUAAGAAAUACUUAGAAGCCAC